UUUCGCGGGUGGCGUUCUCGAUGUCUGUUUUGGUUGCCGCACGUAGGCUCUCGAUAGCCUAGUGGGGGUGUCCAAGCUCGGGCAGGUUCUGCAUUUUGGCAAGCAAGAGAGGGUAGCAAGGGGCAUGGCUCUCAUGGCUUGCAAGCUGAGGGAUUGGCCAUUUGCGAUGUCGAUAGACCUGACUGCUGUCUGGAGGUGUCUGCUAAGUUGGCUGAUGCGUCGGCCAUAACUGCUACUCGGGCCUUGGGGUCGCGGUGGGCUUUAGGACGGUCGGUCUUGCUAACGGUGGAAUGUUACUCCGCUGACUAAUCAGGCUACAUACAUUGUCAUGGUUAACGAGUUCAUCCCUUCCCACAGACGUAAGUUUCCAUCUUUCCAUACUCUUUCAUCCUCCUUGUCGCGAAACCUGGAAUGAUGUCUCAUCAAGACAGGCCAAGCUUUCAACACGUACGCAUCCAUCGGCAAUGCGGAGCGUGUGGGUUUCUGUUUGGGAUUGGAGACCAUCUGGUUGCACUGCGCGCUUCCUCAACGCGCAUUAUCGCCCUUGAUGCAGCAACAUUUGCCGCAACAGGAACGCCACAAACCCGUGAUGCUUAUCUCUUUUGUCGGCAUCCGCAUUGCAAAAUCUGCUCGGCGUCUGCAGAGACGGCCACCGUUCACAGGGAUUGUUUCAACCUCUACAGCUCGCGAACAGCACUCCCAGACAAACUAUACAGAUUACUGAAAUUUUCACUUGCGAGAUAUCCGUGGCCUCAAAGCACGCCCCUUCUCCUUUCCCCAGUCGUGAAUACCACGCAGGGCAUUGCUAAUUCCCAUCUGCGCAAACUUGCAAAACUCCCCCCCGAACUAACCACAAUGAUUUGGGGAUAUCUUGGGCAACACGCCCUACUGCGUCUGUGUUGCGUGCUUGAGACCAUCGACUUCGCACACCGCAAAGGCCUUGACACGCCCCUAUUGGGACCACUUCGCCAAGUUCAGUUCUGGCAACGCGGAAAACUUCCGAUUAUAGCCACAGCAGGCCCGUCCAAACCACUUCAGAUGACGAUUGAUUCAAGGGGCAUUAGGUGCAUAGAGAGAUCUGGGUGCUCUACCGCCCAGCUGCGGUCAACAUUCGAUUUAUACACCACUGUUGACGCUGAGAACGACUUGACUAUUAGCUUUCAGGCUUUCAAUUUCCGUCCCCAAAGCACGGUGAUCGACUUGCCACUGUUGAUCUGGACCACUGCUCAGGAAUCACGUUCUUCCUGUUGAAGAGGGACUUGCUGGCGAUUCAUGCUCAUACUCCCACAGCGCCAACCGCAGAUGCUACCUUCGCGCAAAUUGAGGCAACGGUUCAGCCGUUCUUAUCGUGGUUCUACGUGCCAAAUCCACCUCGAGAUAAGAUCUCAGUCUUUGGAGUUCGGAUCGGGACGAAACAAGGCGAACCUCAGUUGAACCAACGGACAUAUCUCAACCUCUCACAGAGGGGAUUUUUACAUUGGUCCACCACCAACUGGACCGGGACGAAAUUUUGCCGUCCACACCACGUCGCGAUCGACUCUUCUGUCUGUUGUGGCGCGAAAGAACUCUGUCGUCAUUCGUGGGGUGUUAACAGAAGGCGGACCCUGCUCAGUUGCCGUCCCUCCAGCCCCGGGAAACCCUCCAUUCUCAGACG